GCCAGUUGACUCCAGAACAAUGGCUCAACUCUCCCUCUCAACAAUUAGCGUAAGAGGGUCAGCUUUCAAAAAUAAGGAUGCUGACCCACCUGCUAGACUUUCACCUACACCACCAUCUCAGAAGGAGCUCCAGCGGGGUCAGUGAAACUGAGGUUUUGUUGUCUUCUUUCAGGUCAGUCAGCAUGUACGGUCUGCUGUGUGAGAGUCUGCAUGACUUCAUUAAGGAGUCGUACGGAGAUGAUGUGUGGAAGCUGGUGAGAGAGAGAGCUGAUGUUAGACUCCACUCCUUCGUCACUCACCAGGUCUACAGUGAGAGUGUAAUCCCACGGAUAGCGAAAGCAGCCAGUGGGGUUACAGGCACCCCCUAUAAUGAGCUGAUGAACUCCUGGGGGGUUUACUUCCUGGGCUUUGUGGGAAAGUAUGGCUAUGACCGGAUCCUCAAGGUGCUGGGGCGUCACGUGCGUGAUUUUGUGAAUGGUCUGGAUAACCUGCAUGAGUAUCUGCGCUUCAGUUACCCUAAAGUUCAGCCCCCCACCUUCUUCUGCCAGGAGGAGUCCGCUACUGGAGUCACACUUCACUACAGGAGUAAGCGGAAGGGCUACCUACACUAUGCUAUGGGUCAGCUCAGACAGAUGGGGAAGCAGUUUUAUGAUACAGACAUCCACGUGGAAGUUCUCUCUGAGCAGCUGGUGGGAGAUUACUCCCACGUCACCAUGAGGUUGAACUUUGAUAAUUCUGCAUAUCGCUACAUCCAGAAGGAAGAUGAAGAGGAACAGGAGAUUCUGCCAAUCACCAGCGACUUUUUCUUCGAGGUCUUCCCUUUCAACAUUGUGUUCAGACAGGACAUGGUGGUGCACAACGUUGGCUCUGGUUUGGCCACAGUGUUCCCUGAUCUGGAUGGGAAGAAGAUUAACGAUGCGUUCCUGCUGGCUCGCCCCCUGGUGGAAUUCACCUGGAACAUGAUCAUCUCCCAUCCCAACAAUCUGUUUGAAAUCAUGUCUAAAGAGCCUGUAAAGAGGGAGAGGAACCUCCACAACAGAGUGCAGAACUCUGACUAUGAGAAUGCUAAUCGCUCUGCUGAUGUAGACGUGGAGCUCAUGGCCUUCCAGUCCAUUAUUGGAGAUGAUUACAAAGAUGGAAACAGUGCCAACGCCAUGGAGAGCUGGGGGGACGGGAGCCGCUGCCUCAAACUGAAAGGCCAGAUGAGAUACAUGCCUGAGUGGGAGUCCAUUAUCUUCCUGGGAACUCCUGUAAUGGAGAGUCUGAGUGCCAUGUUUAAGACUGGACUCUACAUUAAUGACCUCAGCAUGCACGACUCCAGCAGAGAUCUGGUGCUGGCAGGAACGCAGCAAUCUGAGGAGCUUAAGAGAGCUCUAAUACAGGAACAGAAGAAGUCCAGCAAGCUGGAGGAGAGCAUGAAGAUGCUGGACUAUGAGAUGAAGAAGACUGAUGACCUGUUGUACAGGAUGAUCCCCAAACCUGUCGCUAAGAGACUGCGCAAGGGAGAGCCAGCGGUCAACACGUGCGAGGUGUUCCCAGAUGUGACUAUUCUGUUCAGCGAUGUGGUGGGCUUUACUCGAAUCUGCAGCCACAUCACCCCCAUGCAGGUGGUGUCCAUGCUCAACACCAUGUACACACUCUUCGACACACUCAGUGAGAAGCACAGAGUCUUUAAGGUUGAGACUAUUGGAGAUGCCUACAUGGUUGUAGCUGGAGCUCCAGAGAAGACUAAGUACCACGCCCAUAAUAUCUGUGACAUGGCGUUGGACAUGGUGCGCUCCAUCGAUCACCUUAAAGACCCGUCUAAUGGCAACAACAUACAGAUCAGAGUGGGCAUUCACUCUGGAAUGGUCGUGGCUGGGGUCGUAGGUCACAAAAUGCCUCGUUAUGGUCUGCACGGAGAUACGGUCCACACGGCAUCUGCCAUGGAGAGCAAUGGAAAGGAGAUGCACAUUCAGCUCAGUAGCGCCACCUAUGAACAUCUGAAGGGCAGCCACUUCAUUUUCGAGAGACGUGGAACCAUAACCAUAAAGGGUAACGUGGAGAUUGAGACGUACUGGCUGAAGGGAAAGAGGGAUAAAGAUGGAAACGCUCAGGCAGCCUGCCCUCAGUUUGAGGCUCAAACCAUCAGCAAAGCUGCAGCAUCUCCCCCAGAGCCCCCCAUCGACGAGGAAGGACUGGUGUUCCCCUCCGUAGUAGGUGAGGAUGAGGAUGAUGUGAAGUCUAUCCGCUCUCACCGCAUCAAGAUGGAAACUUCUGGCAACUCUCUAGAGGAGUCCAUGGAGGAGGGCAGAGUGGAGGAGAUGUCAGUUAAUAAGUCUCAUUAUAAAGAUGCCUCACAGGACCCUGGUCUACAGGACUCUCAUAUUGAGCUGGAUUCUCCAGAGUUUGAUGGCCGGGAUUCUAUUAUGGAGUCUCCAGAAGGAUCCUGUGACUCUCGCUGCUCAGAGAAAAGCACCAUGUGCUCCAUAUCCUGAAGCAGACUCCUAUAGAGACGUUCAUCUCAUACUGACACUGGCUUUAGCCUGGAUGUUCCGCAGUCUUCACACAGAUUAUUGUGUUUAUAGAGUAAAUGCACUUAGAACUGGAUUACACACAUUUGCAGUUGGCUCCUCUCAUCUACCAUUUAGUGUAAUCAUUAGAAGCUCCUUUAAUUUUAAGAGUAUACUGAAUUAUCCAUUCUGUAGAUAGCCACAAUAUUAAAAAAGAAUUUUUACGUGUAAUGUAUUGAAAGGGAUGUUAUAUUGUUAUUAAUGUCAGUUUUUCAUUUUGUUACAUUUAUUAUUUUUGUGAUAUAGAGUUUAAGAGUUAAAUUGUGUGUGACUUAAAUAGUUAAAUUAUCUAAAAUUGUAAAAUUAGCAUUAUAUACUAUAUCAAUUGCAAAACAGCUGUUUCAUUAAAAACUCUUGCAUCUUUAAAACAGCUGCUUUUCAGGAUAAUAGAAAAAAAGUUAAUAUAAGAUUUUAUUCCAGGUCAUUUUAGAACAUUUAUACUGGAAUUUUGAAUAAAUGUUAAGAACACACAGAUUUAUAUAAAAGUGAAAUGCAGCACAAAUGGAGAUACAUUUUGUGUCACAGUGAUAAUAUGUGAAGUUUCUAAAGUUUCUAAAGUGAGCUCUGAAACCUUAGUUAAUUAACGAUUUGUAGUGUGAUUAUCCACAAUGAGGGUCAAUUACUCAUUUAUUUCUGCACCAGCCACCUUUUAGAAUAACGUUUUAGAAUUGUUUAGAAGAUAUGAGAAAAUUAAGUUUCCUUAAUAUACUAUAAAAAACACAUUUUGGCCUUAUUUUGGUUUUAUAUCUUACUCUGUAUUCUUUCUUUUAUAUUAAGUUACUUGUUACACAUUUUGCAUGCUAAACUUGAUUUGCUAAUCUGAUUUUUUUUUUCAAUUAUCUAAAUUAUAAAACAAACUAUGGUCUUAGAGAAUGGUUUACCUUUAUUAAAUGCAUUAAACUCCAUAUAGAAUAUCAACUGAUUUAAACAGAUUAAAAAUGUCAUUAUUUGGUUGUAAUGUACUUGAGAGUUUGGGCUGCAUUUUGAAAUAAAGCAAUGACCUUCAAAAGAAUCUUA